AUGGAGAAAACUCACAUCAACCUCGUCAUUCUGUCGCCAUCACAAGAGGUCAAUAAACUUACCUUCUCCGGCAUAUCUACAGCUACGAGUAUCGGCGAAUUGAGAGAAAGGAUAUCAGCUGAAGUUGCAACCCAUCCUGCUCCGGCCCGGCAACGGUUGAUAUAUCGUGGCCAUCCUCUGAUUGAUGUGGCAAAGACCCUGAAAGACGUCUUCACCCAAGAGAUUAUAGAUAGCUCCGAAACACUCUCGCUCCACCUGGUCCUACCACCAGAAAUGUCCACUCAGCUAGCACCUUCAGCGUCCACAGCACACCCAGGCCAAGGCCAGCAGGCUCUUCCAGCGCAACACGCACAUGGCAGCUCAAGUAACUCCGGAACUCCACAGGACCCACAUCAGGCUAAUGAGAACGUACAUGCAUCACAAAGGCCAGCCGCUCAGGGUCAUAUUCCAACCCCGUCACCGCCACACUACCACGUACAUGCGCCUGGAUAUGGCCAUAGCCAUGGGAAUGGGAAUGGUGCUCUUCAAGCACAAUUCCCUCCGCAACUUCAACAGGCUUUUGCCCAAUUUCAUGCUGUGAACCAGCAGCUUGCAGCUCAACUCGCGGCUAUUGGAAACAACCCUAUGCUUCAGGGAAUGCCUCCCAAUCAACCUCCAGCACAGCCGAAUCAGCCACCAGCCUUUGCACAGCCUGCUUUUCAGCAUGCCAUGGCGCAACAACAGCAAGCGAGAGCAGCAGGCGUACAACAUGGGAUACACGGCGGGCCCAUGCAGAAUGUACAGAUCAAUCCUUCCACUUCUUCUCCGCAGACUGUUUUAUCAACACCGCAGAGCAACGACCAAGGCGCAGCUUCGGCACCCUCUACUACUCCUGGAAAUACGAGUACAGUGGUCCGUGAAAACCAUGGUCCAAAUGGGGAGAGAUGGCAGAUGGUCAUCCAGAGUGGACCGAUGAACAUACAUGCUCACAACGGGUUUCCAAAUCCUCAUGCUGCAUCUCCCAAUUCUUUGCAUACUGGUGCAAACACACCAAGACGUACGUCACCUGCACUGCAGCCUAGCCGCUCAUCACAGACUGCAGGCAUCGGUGCAACAGCCGGAAGCCCUCCACCGCCGGCAGGGAUCGGUCGAACUCCAACACCGAACGUUGCACUCAUGCAUCUCCAAUCCAAUCUCUCUACCAUGGAUGCUGCUAUGGUUGGGGGCAAUCCGUUGCCAGAGUCUGUGUUUGAACAGGCUCAAGAAAUGAUAAGGGGCAUUACAGAUCUACCGCAAGAAGUCGCAACCGCACUACGAACUCGUUUGGCCAACCUUUCUCAUCAUUCAAGCCAUCUGCGGGAAAAUCUACAUAGUAACCUAAUUCGAGCAGCUCACGACCGAGCCACUUCGCAAAGAGCGGCUCAAGGAACCGAAUCUUCUGCGGUGUAUGUUCUCUCCUCACCUAGUGGACCACACGCCCUACUAGUCUCGCCAUCUGGAUUGUAUACAGCCCCUUGGCAAUUUCCUUCCCUUGGCGCCAUCACUCCUCAAUCUGUAAUGCUCCCUACCACUACUGCCCCUGCGCAAACUCAACCAGCAAACAAUAACAUUCCCAUCAACGAACAGCACCCGCACAUAGAUGAGGUCCAGGUUGCGCAAGGACAACAACAAGGGCCACAACCUGCGGACGUCGCUCAAGUGGCACAAGCACAGCAGCAGCAACAGGUAAAUCAAGCCAGAGAUCUAGCCCGCAUUCUUCUACCUCUUGGAGGCCACUUAUGGUUAUUGAUCAGGCUCUUUGGGUUUGUGUAUUUUUUCACUGCUGGGGCAGGAUGGCGUCGAACCAUCCUUCUUGGACUAAUCGCUAGCCUGGUUUUCAUUGCCCAGACCGGGAUAUUCAGGCCCAUAAUUCAAGGAAUCUGGGAUCCAAUCAGAAGGCAUGCAGAGGGUCUUGUUCCUCUCGCUGCUAAUGAGCGUCCUCGUGCAGGCGUUGGUGGUGCUGAAAAUAAUGGCAAUGGGACAGGCACGCAGCCUGGGAAUCGUGAACCAACGCCUCAGGAAGCAGCCGAGCGCCUACUGCAAGAAAGAGAACGUCAAGAUGUAAGCUUUGUUCGUCAGAGCUUCCGCAGGGUGGAACGAGCUGUUGCCUUGUUUGUAGCAAGCUUAGUACCCGGUGUUGGCGAGAGACACAUUGCAGCCAGAGAAGCGGCAGAGGCGGCAAGGCAGGCUGAAGCCCGGGAGAGGGAAGAGCGUGCGAGGAAGGAGGAGGAGGAGGAGGCCCGAGAGCGACUGGAGGGAAAUAUUGAUGUUGGGGACGGAAAUGUGGCUGACGGGGCAGGAGAGGGUGGCGAAAGCUCCAGUGCGCCAGAGCAACAACAGGCUGCUCAGCCGCCUUUGGUAGAGGUCUGA